AUGCCAGGGAGCCUCUCCACGGCCCUGCGUGUCGUGGGGACCAGCCUCUUCGCCGUGGCGGUGCUGGGGGGAAUCCUGGCCGCCUACGUCACAGGGUACCAGUUCAUCCACACGGAGAAGCACUACCUCUCCUUCGGACUCUACGGGGCCAUCCUGGGGCUGCACCUCUUCAUCCAGAGCCUCUUCGCCUUCCUGGAGCACCGGCGCAUGCGGGGCGAGGGGCAGCCGGUGCGGCCGGGGCGCUCGGUAGCCCUCUGCAUCGCCGCCUUCCAGGAGGAUCCCGACUACCUGACGAAGUGCCUACGCUCCGUCAAGCGCAUCGCCUUCCCUGACCUCAAAGUGGUGAUGGUGGUGGACGGUAAUGGCCCCGACGACACCUACAUGCUGGACAUCUUCCACGACGUGAUGGGCUCCGAGCGCUCUGGCAGCUACAUCUGGAGGAGCAACUUCCACUCGCAGGGCGAGGGGGAGACGGAGGCCGGGCUGCGGGAAGGGCUGGCCCGUGUUCAGGCACUGGUCCGCAGCAACACCUACUCCUGCAUCCUCCAGAAGUGGGGCGGGAAGCGGGAGGUGAUGUACACGGCUUUCCGGGCUCUUGGAGACUCCGUGGACUAUAUCCAGGUGUGUGACUCAGACACGGUGCUGGACCCCGCCUGCACCGCCGAGAUGCUCCGCAUCCUGGAGGCCGACCCCCAUGUCGGUGGCGUCGGCGGCGAUGUCCAGAUCCUGAACAAGUACGACUCCUGGCUCUCCUUCCUGAGCAGCGUGCGGUACUGGAUGGCUUUCAACGUGGAGCGCGCGUGCCAGUCGUACUUCGGGUGCGUGCAGUGCAUCAGCGGCCCCCUGGGCAUGUACCGCAACGCGCUGCUGCAGCAGUUCCUUGAGGAUUGGUACCACCAGACCUUCCUGGGCAGCAAAUGCAGCUUUGGGGAUGACCGGCACCUCACCAACCGCGUGCUCAGCCUGGGCUACCGGACCAAGUACACGGCUCGCUCCAAGUGCCUGACGGAGACGCCCACGCGGUACCUGCGCUGGCUCAACCAGCAGACCCGCUGGAGCAAGUCCUACUUCCGUGAGUGGCUCUACAACGCGCUUUGGUUCCAUAAGCAUCACCUCUGGAUGACCUACGAGUCGGUGGUCACCGGCUUCUUCCCCUUCUUCCUCAUCGCCACCGUCAUCCAGCUCUUCUACCGCGGCCGUGUCUGGAACAUCCUCCUGUUCCUGCUGACGGUGCAGCUGGUGGGUGUCAUCAAGGCCACCUACGCCUGCUUCCUGCGUGGCAAUGCCGAGAUGAUCUUCAUGUCCCUCUAUGCCCUCCUCUACAUGUCCAGCCUGCUGCCCGCCAAAAUCUUCGCCAUUGCCACCAUCAACAAGUCGGGCUGGGGCACCUCAGGGCGCCGCACCAUUGUGGUGAACUUCGUGGGGCUGCUGCCGGUGUCGGUGUGGGUGGCAGUGCUGCUGGGCGGGCUGGCCUACACUGCCUACAGCCAGGACCUCUUCAGUGAGACCGAGGUGGCCUUCCUCAUCUCAGGUGCCAUCCUCUAUGCCUGCUACUGGGUGGCCUUGCUCACCCUCUACCUGGCCAUCGUCGCCCGCCGCUGCGGCAAGAGGCAGGAGCAGUGCGGGCUGGUCUUCACUGAGGUCUGA